UCCAUGAAAUAUCGAUCAUUACGUCUCGUCAUUCUCUCCCUCCACCCCGCUUCAAUGUCCUUCAUCCUCACCUUUUAUCCCCCUCCACUUGUUCCUUUCCUGUGCUUUUAAGUAUGGACCUUCCAUGUCCUCCAGAUCGGACUAUAUUCAACAGGAAGUCCGGCCCUUUUUAAAGUUGUAAUGUAUCAUGUCAGUCCUGUUUGACUUCACAACGCCCGUGGUUACUUGUGGUAUCAGCAAGUGCAAUUUAAUACGGCAGCGACUACUCGUUGAGCAGCUACUUUUCCAGAAAUCCAAACUUGAGUAUCUGCUUACAGGCCAGCCUAACAAACUCAUGUUAUUUUAAUAAAGUCGGUCAAUAAUGGUUGUAACUGCGAUCUGAUUUCAUGCUGCACACGGUGUGAGUAGAUUUCCACACAACAGCAAGGUACGGUAAAGUUGGUUACGCUGCUGAGAAUGUGGAGGCGGGCAUGCCGACUAUUGCUGAAAUAGUACCGACCUUAAAUGGUAAAGAAAACGGGGUUUGAGUUCAUGAAAUUCUUUAAGAUUAUCACUUUAAAUCAGGGCAUGUUCAGUGGGAGAGUUCCUCAAAACUGUAGCAUUUUAAAGAGGUACGGUAAGGUGAGCAAACAACUUGAAAGGUACUUUUUUCGUUUGGUACACGAUCCACCUGCCACUUUUUAUUAGCUGAAUUUAAUGCUGCGUGCAUCAUUACAUUAUUUUUUCUUUUCUUCUUUUGCAGUGUUGACACAAUUUCAUUGCUCGCUCUCUAAGUGAACCUUCCUGGUAGUUUCCUUUGCACUCAAGGCGAAAGUAUGAUCAAAGAAUUGUUGGCCUUGCUGAGUGUGUUCCUCGUGUCUGUGAUUAAAGUGCUGUGUGCCCACCUCCCCCAGCCCUCUUUUGAGGAUGAAGCAGGAAUAAUUGAAAAAAGGAAGACCGUGUCAAAAAUGUUAUUGUUUCUACGGGAAAACCUUCGGUUAGCUUCGGUUCAGUAGAAGAGGAAAAGGAGGUGAGGGGAGGAACUCUAAGAAAGGAAUGAAGUGUAGGACUCGAGUGGAGAUGAUUUAUAUGGGGAAACAAAUGACAAGGGGGGGGGGGGAUGGCAGAGCUCUGAAUGCUGCCCUCACCUUUCCUUGAACUCUGUCUCUCCACCUUCAGGCCCCUCUAUUCAAUGAGCCUUGUGAUUUCUUUCCAGUGCUAGUCACCCAACCGUAAUGAUCCUUCAUUGAUCUGUGACAGAGGGACUUCUCUCACCACUUAAAGCCACUUACCUGUGUGUGUGUGUGUGUGUGUGUGUCUGCAUCCAGUACGUGUGUGUCUCCUCGCUGGUUUGCAGCUCUCAGGAUAUUGACGGGUCCGGGCAUGCCCUGGAGUUCCACUGGCUUACAUUCAUCAUUAUUGUUCCUUGUUAAUGGCCACAAACUGCCAAUGUACAGUUUGUCCUGGCGCACAGAAGUAGGAUGGUAGGGAUCAAUAUACCGGUGUUGUGCACAGAGGCUUUCUCACACCUGGAGCAGUCAGGCAGUAAUAUGAGGAAAUUAUUGAACAACAAAUGUCUUCUAAAAAUGAGUAGUUUCAUGCCCCCAAUAUCCUGUUAUAUUAUCGUCAAUGAUUAUGUUCAAUUCACUUCUUAUCCUCCAUCCUCGUCGAAACCUGGAAUACCUCAUUGCCUGAGAAAUGUCUCCUCGUAUUGUCAUUUUCAAAUCAAUUUAAAUUUGAGCUGCUAGUGUUUGAUAAGUUAAAUCGAAUAAAGGGCAACAAGUGAAGGUUUAAAGAAAUAUAUUAAUUGUGUCUUAUUGCGAAAUGGCAGUUAAAGCGUGGAAAUGGAAACCCCUAUUGUUGAUCCAACUGUAAUGGAGUGACCUCAGUGCCCUUAAAUCAAUGUAAAUUUCUUUUAGUAGACAACUGCAGGUAGACGAACAAAAGCAAUGGCGUUCACUGGCAUUUGAUUAGAUAAGGCAACGGAAUAAAUUCUUCACGCCCAUCAUCAUUACCACAAUGAUAAUGAUAUACCCUCCAUCACUUUUCUAUUACACCUUCAUGCCAUCAUCAUCAUCAAUUAUCCCCACAACCACAAAUCAUCGGGACUGAGCUCGUACCCAUCUCUCACCGGAGCGUAUAUCCUGAAGAAGAUUGAGGUCUAAUUGUGUGCGUUGGUGGCAGGGUGUAUAAAAAAUAAAGAGAGGAAAAUCAAUGCCUUAACCAAAGGAGCAAGUGAAUUAUUGAUGAGGAGUAUGUAACGGGAUCCCAAGUGUCUAUUACUCCCUAACUCGGACUGCUUGCUGCUCAGGUUGCUAUAGUCGCGGCCAGAGAAGUAGAACAACGAAGGUGCCAAAAACCAACCGCGGACACCUCAACCGGCGGAGUAGCUCACCUGAAUUAUUCGGUGCAGUUUGGCCACCGGCUGUGGUGUUCACACACUGGCACAGUAAGAAAGGCUCGAGCCCUUUUCUCAUUCGAACUCUGGACAAUGUCUGGAGUAUCGGGUCCGCACACUCGGCACACAACAGGAGAUUGUCAAGAGGCGUUCUCACCUACUGGUAAUGCUCCGUUUGGUUUAGGCGGCAGGGCAUGACGCGAAAACACGGCAGUCACGGAGGGCCGGUUUGUAAUCGGGUCAUAAACAACAGAGUCUCUUGUCCUCCUUUGAACUUGUAUGACGAUUUUGGCGUCGCCCCUUACCGUCAGAAGUCCACGGAUCUCGUCGGCCCCUCAGUUGGACAUUUUGGUUGGCGUCUUCUUGUAAAUUACCCUUCUUUUUCACUCUCAGUCAUCACGCCCACCCGCUCGCUGCGAAUUCUCCAGACGAUGACCGACUCCAUUCAGACAUGGUUCUCAAACCGACGUUACAGGGACUUUGUACGAGGGAGCUGACGAGGAGGGGCCCUGCAGACGGCGGUCGCGCCAGGCACCAUGAGGCAGCAAGCUUGGCCCGAGAGAGCGGAGAAAUCACCCCUCAUCACUCCCAACCAGGCCGGCCAGCGGAGGAAAUGCACGCAGAAGCAGCGCACGCCACAGCAGACGCGGGCUAAUACGCACAUCUGAGACUAAAUGGGGAAGGCAGAAAGAGGCUGAGCAAGAGGAGUCAGUAACUCAGAUUGCGUCACCAUAAAUGGCAAGUAAGUGGACCGGGCCACCCUCAGAGGCAGUGAUGUCCUUGUUAACGCAUUGUCCUUCAAAAGAACCUCCUUGUUAGAAGUCACAAGUCACAGACCCCCCCCGCCCCUGUGAGGCCACAGAGCUGAGGGGCAGAGGAGAGGGAGAACAGAGGACGAGAGAGAGAGUGUCAGAGCGGAAAAAAAGAGACUGUGACAGGCCCCCAUGCAGGCGCGUAAGAAGUAUGGUCUGCUGGGCUUGUGUGCAUGCUGCUGGCUAGUCUUCUUUUACUGGGGUGGAGGAGUCCAGCUCCGGCUGCUCCGGCUGCUGACACGCCAGCGGGGUGAAGUGGUGCGUCCCUGGCCCAAUUGGACCGACAGGGCCUUCCUGCCCCGCUAUGCCCACCUGGGUGAGCUCCAGACGGACCCCGGGACUGCCGAGUCGCCCCGCCAGCGUCGCCAGGCGUGGUCCGCCAUUUAUAAGGACAGUCGCUGCCGCAUGGAGACCUGCUUUGACUUCUCGCGGUGUCGCCGCAGAGGAAGGGAAGGGUUCAGGGUGUAUAUAUAUCCGUCAGAGAAAAAUGACCGUGUGUCCGAAAGCUACAGGAAGAUCCUGACGUCCAUCGCCGAGUCCCGGUACUACACAUCAGACCCCCGUGAGGCAUGCCUGUUCGUGCUCGGGAUAGACACCUUAGAUCGGGACCAGCUGUCAGGACAGUUUGUGCCCAACGUAGAUGAACGCAUCCGGGGUUACCCGCUGUGGAAUGACGGGCGGAACCACCUGAUCUUCAACCUGUACUCGGGCACCUGGCCGAACUACACAGAGGACCUGGGCUUCAACAUCGGCCAGGCCAUCUUGGCCAAGGCCAGCCUCAACACAGAACAUUUCCGGCCCGGCUUUGACGUCUCCAUCCCGCUGUUCUCAAAGGAUCACCCGCAGAAGGGCGGAGAGCGGGGCUGGCUGGUGAGGAACACCAUACCGCCGCGAAGGAAGUACCUGCUGAUGUUCAAGGGGAAGCGUUAUCUCACGGGCAUCGGCUCAGACACCAGAAACGCUCUUCAUCACAUCCACAAUGGAAAGGACAUCGUGUCGUUGACGACGUGCCGCCACGGGAAGGACUGGGAGAAGCACAAAGACGCCCGCUGUGACCAUGACAACCUGGAAUAUGAGAGGUUUGACUACCAGGAGCUCCUCCACAACUCCACCUUCUGCUUGGUGCCUCGAGGUCGACGCCUGGGCUCCUUCCGCUUCCUGGAGUCUCUACAGGCGGCGUGUAUCCCAGUGCUGCUGAGUAACGGUUGGGAGCUGCCGUUCUCCGAUGUCAUACAGUGGAACCAGGCGGUCAUUGAGGGAGAUGAGAGAUUACUGCUACAGGUGCCAUCCACCGUGAGAGCAGUAGGGAACGAGAGAGUCCUGGCCCUCAGACAGAGGACCCAGAUGCUGUGGGAAGCCUACUUGUCCUCUGUGGACAAGAUAGUCCUCACCACACUGGAGAUCAUUAAGGACCGUGUGUUCUCUCACAUAUCGAGGAACAAGUACAUGUGGAACUCCCUGCCAGGAGGUCUGCUGGUCCUACCGGAGUACUCUACUCACCUCACGCAUUUCCCCUUCUAUUACCUGGGAUUAGGGGUCAGUCCAGGUCAGGAGUUCACCGCGGUCAUCCAUGCUGUUUCCCCAUUGGUCUCCCAGUCCCAGCCAAUCAUGAAGCUGCUUCAGGUGGUCUCCAAGUCAAAAUACUGCUCCCAGAUCAUCAUUCUCUGGAACAGCGAGAAGCCGCCGCCCGGUCGGAGCAAGUGGCCUCCCAUGCCCGUCCCCCUCACCGUGACAGACGGCAGGAGGAAGACCACCAGUCGGUUCCUACCUCAUGUAGCCAUAGAGACAGAAGCAGUGCUGAGCUUGGACGAGGAUACGGUUCUGCUGACCAGCGAGGUGAACUUCGCCUUCUCGGUGUGGCGGAGCUUCCCCGAGCGGAUCGUGGGCUACCCUCCCAGGAGCCAUUUCUGGGAUCCCUUGAAGCGCGCCUGGGGCUACACCUCUAAAUGGACCAACGACUACUCCAUCGUCCUGACUGGAGCUGCUUUCUACCACAGGUACUACCACUACCUGUUCACCCACUACCUUCCCCAGUCCCUGCGCACUCUGGUGGAUCGCACCUCCAACUGCGAGGACAUCCUUAUGAACUUCCUGGUCUCUGCUGUGACCCGCCUGCCGCCAAUCAAAGUGGCUCAAAGGAAGCAGUACAAGGAGUUGCCCAGUCCACAGGGUACAAAGAGUGUCCCUUGGGCCAACCCGGAGCACUUCAACCAGCGGCAAGAGUGCGUCAACACCUUCGCUAACUGGUUUGGCUACAUGCCCCUGGUCCACUCUCAGUUUCGCCUGGACCCCGUGCUCUUCAAAGACCAAGUGUCUGUCCUCCGCAAGAAGUACAAAGACCUGGAGAGAGCAUAAAAACGAAGGACGGAAAUGGACAGAGCGGCUGGGAAGCAUCGAGGUUCUGGUCUAAUGGCCUUAAUGGACCAAUCAGUGGAGGGUGGCCAAGAUGGAACACUGAAGACUGUCUGGGAUGUGGACUAAGUACAAUCAUCAGACAGACCCUGGUGGACUGUUCUGGACAAUAUACAUAUAAAUAUGAAGCGAAAAGGGGCCGUUACAAGUUUGAAAGGAACUUCUAAUGAUAAUGAUCCCCCCCCCCUCCCACCACGAGCCUGGGAAGACAAGGAGAAGAUUCAGGGGCCUCUCACUGAGAAAGGACAAUCUCUAUUGGACAGCGAAAAAAAAAAAAAAGAGAAAAAUGUGUGAACACUCGGGAUGUCUGCUAUUGCUGUGACAAUGAGAAGGAAAUGGCAAUCUGUUGCCAGGAGGGACUGGUAUUGGUGCCAUGCACUCCUUCAGCGUUACUGUGCAGGGACUGUUGCCAUGGUAACGUAUCAUUUCACAUCAAAAAGCUAACUGUAAAACCAAUAAAAAGAUUUAUAAAUGAAAACUCUGGCAUGAUGCUGCAUUAAGUUUUUUUUUCUCCUCUUACUACACAUACGCUAUUUAAAGACAAAUAUGCUGAGAAUGAAGAACCCAGAAUGCCUCAUGGUGCAUUUUAAGACUAAAGUAGUUGAACAGAUCAGCAUCACAUGUAGGAUGAGACCAUCUGGCACACGUUGAUUUAGUGACAAAUUGCAAAAGCGUCCAUAAAUACCGAGGAACCCGUCAAAC